AUGCUGCUGCUCGCCCUGAGUCUCUGCCUGGUUACUGCCAAUGGACUCCUUCCUGAAACUUGGACAGCUCCCGGUGAGGACUCCCGGUCGCACGCGCCCACAGACGCAACCGUAGGACAAAAACCGACUGUGCUGAGCGACCUGUUCAGGGAGGUAAAGAAACUGGCAGAUGGCACGCAGCUGGAGGAUGCAGGGCAUCAGCUGGACAAUGGGAGCGCAAAAUCCAUCCAGCCCAUCCAUAACAUCACCUCAAAUUACAGCAACGAAAGCAGCUCGGAGAUUGUUAGCGGAAAUCAAUCCGCCCCUGCUGCUGUGGAGGCGAUCGAUAAGACAUCAGACAACGUAACCGGGGAGAUCCACAUGACCAGAAGUGUUAACCAGUCCAGCAGCAAGGAAAAUGACAUUGAUCGUGAGUGUAUUACUGAUGAGGACUGUGAGAAGGGUAAAUACUGUCUCUACGAUGAACACCACUCCGAGUGUAUGCCUUGCAAGCAGUCAGAUGCGACCUGCAGGAAAGAUGAGGAGUGCUGCGAGGGCCAGCUGUGCGUGUUGGGUCAGUGCACGAACGCGACUAAAGGGGAAGCGGGAACCAUCUGCCAAGAACAAAACGACUGCAACAGCGAUCUGUGCUGUGCCUUCCGUGAAGGUUUGCUUUUCCCAGUGUGUAGCCCCAAACCCAAAGAACGCGAGCCCUGUCACAUCUCCGCCAAUCACCUGAUGGACCUGCUGUCAUGGGAUUUAGGACACCGGAGUCCCAAAGAACAUUGCCCCUGCGCUGGGGACCUGCAGUGCCAACAUCUGGGUCGCAGCUUGGUGUGUUUGAAAGGUCCGACCUCCAGCGAAGAAGCUCUGAGCGACACGCUGUACUCCGAGAUCGACUACAUCAUCUAA